AUGGAUGAUGCUUUCAAAUUCGUCAUCCAAAACCCUGGACUCAACUCUGAAGCAAAUUACCCUUACAAGGGUGUUGAUGGAACCUGCAAUGCCAAUGCAGCAUCCCGCCACGCAGCUACCAUUACCGGGUAUGAGGAUGUCCCUGCAAACAAUGAGAAAGCACUGCAAAAGGCUGUGGCUAAUCAACCAGUGUCUGUGGCCAUUGAUGCCAGUGGCUCUGACUUCCAGUUUUACACGAGUGGUGUCUUCACUGGUUCGUGUGGAACUGACUUGGACCACGGUGUCACUGUGGGAUAUGGUGUCAGUGGUGAUGGAACUGAGUAUUGGUUGGUUAAGAACUCAUGGGGAACAGAGUGGGGUGAAGAAGGGUACAUUAGGAUGCAAAGGGGUGUGGAUUCUGAGGAAGGACUUUGUGGCAUAGCGAUGCAAGCAUCUUACCCUACUGCAUAA